AUGCGAUGCGCGAGCAAGGCCGCCGAGAGCGCGUCUGCACGUCUCUGUGCGGACGCCGAAGCAGAGACAACAGCAACUGAUGUCCCAUCGGUUGCUGAAGAGACCCAGCCUGUGUCACUUGGUGACGCAGGCGCUGGUCAUGAAGACACUCGUGUCUUCACAGAGUACGAGCUCGGUGUCUCGUACUCUCCUGAUACGGAUGACGGAUCCGUAUCGACGGCAAUUGAAUCCAAGCCGCCUGCCAAGCGUGGCAUGGACGAUGCUUUGCGUCGCAGCAUCUUUGGUUCAUCUGACGAAUCAGAUGAACCAUCGCCGAAGCGAAGGCGCUCGAGGUCGCGAGACUCGGGCGCUAAUAGUGGUGUCGGUUCUCCAAUGGACACCACUUCGCAGCGAGGUGCCAGUACUUCUGUCGGCACGUCGCAGUAA